AUCUGACCCCCAGAGCCACAGUAAAGCACAGCGCAACUACAACACGCAGAUCCACUCUUCAUCAUCAUCUGACUCUUGCAAACAUGACGUUUAGGUCCAUUACCUUGUUCGCCGUCGUCGGCUCCGUGGUCGUCAUCCAGGCUACGGCUCUCACCGCCUGCGAUGACCCCCAAGUCCAGCCGCAAGAUGCAACGACCUAUGGUUGCAAUCCAUGCCCGUUGAACCGUGACUUUGGGGAGAACAGCAAGUGGGGUUGGGGCUGGGGCCGGAGUUGGGGUGGUUAUCCCUGGUGGUACUAGAAUUGGAGUUCAGGAUGGAGCAAGAAACCGCCACUUCCUUCGCGCGUGGUCUCAUCAUGGCUCUAGGAUCAUGCAGC